AUGCAGAGCUCCAAGAAGACACGUCUUCACGUCGCCAUUGCCGACAGACCAGCGUCUGCCCGCUGCCGCACACCCACCGCAGCUCACCUCCACACCACCAGCACCCUGGACCCAGGGCCUGUCAAAUCAUGCUGCUUUUCUCCAGAUGGUACCAUUUUUGCUAGCUCAUCACUUGAUUGUACAGUGCGGAUAUGGAAGGUGAACAAAGCAGAAUGUCUCCAUGUGCUAACAGAUCACAGUAAGAGCGUGGAGACAGUGUGUUUCAGUCCAGAUUCUAAGUAUAUAGUGUCUGCAGGUUGGGAUUGUCUUGCCAUCUUGUGGAAAGUGCAGACAGGACAAAAACUGAAAGCUUUCAGUGGACAUCAAGAUACCAUCUACUGCAGUGCUUUUGCCACAGACGGUUUAUGCAUAGCUACAGGCUCCUGGGAUUAUACAGUUAGAUUAUGGAGUGUACGCAAUGACAAGACCAACAGAGCACUGGAAGGACAUAAUGGCAAUGUCACCUGCGUGUGCUUCUCUGUAUCUGGCAUGCUGGCAUCUGGUUCCUGGGAUAAAACUAUUCGUGUGUGGAAUCCGUGCAGUGGCUCCCUCAUCUUUCUCCUGACUGGACAUGUAAAUUGGUUGAGGACCCUGUCUUUCUCCUGGGAUGGUAUCCUGCUGGCCUCUACAGGACAUGACAAGAUGGUAAGACUAUGGGAUUGUGAAACUGGAAAAUGUAUAAAAAUCCUCAAGGGAAUGCAAGAAAUUACCCAUACUUGUAUAUUUUCCCCUAAGGGCACUCUGCUGCUAAUUGGAUCCAUGGGAUUUUAUGAAUCAGAUUGA